AUGAUUCGAUGUACCGAAGCAAUGGCCUGGACAAGCAUCUUCUCCUACGUUUACUUCAUGAUCGGCGCCUUCGAUGGUGUGAAGGAAUAUCAAAUUCCCUUGUAUGCCGGGCUAUUGAUUGCUGUCUUCACCUUCUGCGAAUUUCUCAGCGGCAUGCUGUGGGCGAAAUUGGCGGAUGUCAUAGGUCGUCGAUGGAGCCUCCUGCUUGGCUGUAUAGGCUGCAUGGUGACGGCCUUGACAUUCGGCAUCGCGAGCUCGUUGUGGGUAGCCCUCCUGUCUCGAGCCAUUGGUGGCCUCAGCAAUCCCAACGUCGGCGUCGUCAACACAUGCGUCGGGGAAUUGGCGGUGAACAAGGAAACCCAAGCCAGGGCUUUUUCGAUAAUCCCUUUCUUCCGGAGUCUGGGGAACAUCCUAGGCCCUGUCUUGGGUGGCUUCCUUGCCGAACCAAACAAGCGCUUCCCGGAGCUAUUCAGCCAAAACAUAUGGCGCCUUUACCCCUUCCUCCUGCCGAAUUUUGCGAUUUCUUUCCUGGCUCUUCUGGGCUUCCUACUGGGAUUGCUCUUUCUAAGAGAGACCCACCCUGGAUUCCUCGACCGGCGAAGUCUGUACGACAAGAUCGCUUCGAGAACUUUGGAUGUGCAGUAUAGCAGCGUGGCUCGGGUGGACUACCAGGACGCUGAAGAACUUGACCGUCUAGGUGAAGACCAGCGAAUGGACCCUGAUGAGGGAGAAGCAAGCAUACCUAAGCCACCCGUGGACCCUGAGACUCGGCUGGGUUCAGGUCGCGAACACCAGCCCAUCCAAGUGAAGGGUGUCAUCACGACUCAAGUCUGGCUUCAGAUUGCAUCGGUUUGUUCCCUGGCCUAUCACAAAGUAUCCUCCGAUGUCAUAAUUCCCACGUUCUUAGCACUGCCUGCCAAAGGCCGGCCUGAAUCAACUCGAAUCCAGGCUCGUGGUCCAGGCGUUGAAGGUGGGUUUGGCCUCGACGCCCGGGAGAUUGGACUCAUCCUCUUUUCCCAAGCAAUAGUCGCCAUUGCAGCUCAAGCUUGUUUGAUUCCCAACCUCGUGGCAAGGUUCGGCGCCUUGAGAACCUACAAAUGGAUACUACGCGGUUAUCCCGUUCUUUACAUCCUGACCCCAUUCACUGCACAGCUCGUGUCGCCACUAUCUGUUGUCGCCGUCUCGUCUGAUCUGUGGCUCAAAGUGGUCGUCUCUUCCACGGCUUACGUUUGCUCCAACAUCCUCAUCACUAAUACAACUCCUGACCGGAUGUCCCUCGCCAAGGUCAACGGUGUGGCAGCCUCGCUGGGCUGUCUCGCACGAGCAAUUGGGCCUUCCCUUUCUGGACAAAUCUUGACGUGGAGCAUGAAAAGUCAUCACCUUGAACUCGCCUUCUGGGGUCUCUCCUUGGUCGCUCUCGCUGGGACGGCUGAGUCCUUCUUCCUGCGAGACCAACCAUGA